AUGAAGCAAAUAUUCGUUUUCGAAGGUUGCACAUUUCUGGCCGACUACAACCCCAAUGAAAACCCUCGUGACAAUCCCAAUGACCAUGAAAAUCCCGACGAUCAAGACAAGCUCAUCACAAUCACCAUGCGCUGUUUCGGUGCUCGAUUCAAAAUAAUAUAUGAGCCGCACAACCUAGCCAUCUCACCAUAUCUCCUCGCACAACACAACAAGUCCCUCAGUGCCAUACGGCACGGAUGGGAAUUCGGCACCGAUGAAUACAUCCACGAGAUCCAUCGUCUCAAGAAGCCUUUUGAAGAACUUAUGAGUUCUCUAGCUCCAAGCCCAAUACCUUCGGUCAAUCAUCUGUCAGAUUACCUCUACAUACCACAUCUAAUUCUCGAGGCCACGGCAGCCGCCGAAAAUAGCACAGAAAUCCAUCCACAUUUCAAAGGGCAGCUUCCGCAAACACUGGCGCCUCCCCAUGCUAUAGGUAUAAGCUGUAUAGCCGAUCAUCUCAGAACAGUCAAACACACCACUUCAUCUGAAGUGCGACUUCUACCCACCUCCACCUCCUGCACUCCUGAUAGACACCCACACCUCCGUGGUCCCACCAAGGUCAUCGAUGCAGAUGGCACCAUAUGUUAUUUCAAACCCUAUUCCAAAUUGAUAUUUUCACCCAGAGUGGAUUCUGACAAGCCAUGGAUCUACAAUCAGAUGAACACCGCUUUUGAGACCAAGAAGCUGCGUGCUGAUAUACGCAUCUGCCGAUUACACAGCGUGGUCAUCGACUCGAUACCCCACGAUUGUCUUUCCCACGAGGAGAACACUAACACUAAAUGGAACGAGGAGUCCGCGGCAAAGAACGACCCGGCCUACCAGAAAAAAGCCGGAGCAAGCGAAAAAGCCAUGCUCGGCAUCCUACUAACCUACAUUACCCACAAAGACACACUCGCUUCAAUAGCAUCCACCUGCACCACCACCACCACCACCACCCCCUCCUCCCUCCUCCAUCGUUCAAAUUUUGAUAGCGAGACGAGACGGCUUUGGCUUGGUGAAGCCGAAGAGGGGAGUUUUGUCCCCCGCUGGCCUCGAUGGCCUGUUUGGGUGGAUUAUGAGAUGAGGGAUACGAAGGAGGGGGAUUUACAGGGGGUCGAGAGGAUUAAGGAGAGAUUGAUGCAGAGUUCGAGUGCUGGCUUGUGUUUUGGUGAUUUCUGGGUGGUUUGA